CGACCUUUUUACGACAAAAGGUUCUUUAUUUCCCGUGUUUACAUCCAAACCCUGUUUAAUGCCAGAGAUGCCCAACGCUAUAUAGUUGCAAGUGCAAAAACGGCAUCGGAUGGAAGCUUUUAGAGACGGUCUCCCUCUCCCCCUAUCAUCUCUGCGUCUGUUGGUUCCUCCACUGCGGCUGGUGUCUGCAGCUCUAUGGCAAGUUGUUCAGCAGAGAGACGUAAUGGACUACGGGUUGGUGGAGGAGUUUGUCACCACUGUGUUGGAGAUAGUUCCUGAUAUGAUGAGUUACAGGGAGAGAGUCCAACUCAUCAUGGGGCUGCGAGCACAGCUGGUUCUGGAGUUGUGUCGCUCUGAUCACCUAGCCAACCCUGAGACUAUCCAGCCACACCUGAACAGGAUGAAGACCUGUAUCAUCACUCAUAGGGGCAAGGAGAUUUCUGAUCCAGAGGUGGAAGCGUCAGAAUCAAACUUCCUGAAGCUGAUUCAAACUCUGCUGGAAGACCCAGUCGAGAAGGAAUACUUCUUUCAGAGUGUGUUUUCAGAGGAAUUUGGCCCCAAGUAUAACUCAGCACUGCAGACUCUGGUGUGGGAGUUCCUCUCCAGGCUGGAGAAGCUGCUUCCAGCACCAACCCUUCAACAGACGGCAUCUUGGUUCCUACCUGACCCCUCUGUCCUGGAGGAGUGUGUGCAGUGUGUAUCCCACCCUCAACCUUUGAAGACCCUUCUCCAGCACCACAACAAUACAUGUGGACAUGUAGACACCAAUGGUCUGUUUUCUGGCGACAAUCAAAUCCCAAUCGAAGCUGACCCAGAGGUCCAAUCAGAACCUGUGCAGCAAUGUAUGAGCCAUGUCUCAUCUGACAAUGAGUCAGACAUGAUCCCUUUGUUGGAACUGGGGAUUGAUUCAGACCGAACUGUGCACAAAGGGGUGGAGCCUGUGCACAAAGGGGUGGAGCCGGUGCACAAAGGGGUGGGGCCUGUGCACAGAGGGGUGGAGCCUGUGCACAAAGGGGUGGAGUCUGCUUCUUUAGAGGUAGGGCAUAUAUACAAUGAAACUACAGAGAAAAAUAUUAAACACAACACACCAGGUAAAGAGCUAGCAAAAUAUAUGCAAAAUAAUACAUAUUUUCACCACCUUCACACUGACAGUGGGCUGAAAAUCCAAGGAAAAGCCUACAGCAGCCAACAGGAAGUGCAGGACAUUUCUAGUUUAUCUACUUCCUGUUGGCUCCAUCAGCCAACAGUGCAGCUGCACAGACUUGACAUUGCUGAUAUGCUUUUACCUGUGACAGAGGUCUAUUCAACACCGAGGAGAGAGAGGCUUCAGAUUGACAAAGUGGGAUCCCAAGGACAGAGAAGAGGACAGGUCAUAUCACAAAAGAAUGAGAGGAAUAUCAAUGAAGAGCCGUCCGAUGGUCAACCUCAGUAUUCUCUGGCCCCUGACCCAUCCCUUACCACAGGGCAGCCUAAAAGAAGCAAGCGUGUCAAAAUAUGCUCCUUGUGUGGAAAGACUUUCAGCGAAGCAAAGGAUUUGACGGCACACAUGAGAUGUCACAAUGAGCAGAGCCCUUCCAAGUGCACCCAGUGUGGACAAGACUUUGAACACCAUGAGGACUUACAGAAACAUCAGCAGAAUGUGUGUGAGGCGGCAGCUCAACCUGAAGAGGACAACAUGUCUACGACAUCCGUGGUGGAUCAGACGGAGCUAGCAGAGUCGUCCAAAGCCAGGACAUGCCGUGUGUGUCAUAAAACUGUCUAUAGUAGAAAUUAUUUGAGAAAGCACCUGAAAUCCCAACACGGUCAACUCCUGAAGAUACACAAGAAACACAAAACGUUUUUCUGUUGCUCUUUGUGUAAUAAGACCUUUGGAUGCAGAAAUGAUUUGAGAAAGCAUCUGGAAUCCAAACACCGUCAACUCCUGAAGAUGCAUAAGAAACACAAAAAUAUUAUCUGUUGCAUUAUGUGUAAUAAGUCCUUUGAUCUUUCUGAGCCAAACAAGUGUGAGGUGAACCAACAGCAACUCUCCAGGAAGGCACACCCAGAGGCCAACACACUUACAGCUGCAGUGAUACCACAGCCCUCAAGCACUACAUCCCAGAACCCAACAACCUCCAAUGCUCUGCCCAUUCAGGCACAGUUCUACAAUCACUACAGAACAUGUCUUUUGUGCAAUGAAACUUUCGAUACCGCAGAGACCAUGAGAAAGCACCUAAGAUUUCAACACAAUAUACUGUCUUACUUGUGCCACGAUUGUGGGGAAAGUUUCCCAAGCAAAUUAGAUCUUCAGAAACACUCAAAGAAUUGUUUGAGUUUUCCAGAUUCAAGAAAAUGUAAUGAGUGCAGGAAAAUAACUCCUCAAACAACGCAGCCGCAGGCAAACAUUUGUCAGGAGAUGAACCAAAGACAACAGCAACUACCUGCAGGGGGAAAUGAGAUGGAGAUCCCUCAGUCCUGCAACACAGACGUUAACUUCUUAAAUUACUUGCAGCGAUGCCAGCCAAAUGAGUGUGAGAAGAUUCACUUUCACGGAGGACAGCAAGACUGGAGUGAGGAGGCUUAUCCAAACCAGCUUCCAGGGGAGGUUUAUCCAAACCAGCUUCCAGGGGAGGUUUAUCCAAACCAACUUCCAGGGGAGGUUUAUCCAAACCAGCUUCCAGGGGAGGUUUAUCCAAACCAGCUUCCAGGGGAGGUUUAUCCAAACCAGCUUCCAGGGGAGGUUUAUCCAAACCAGCUUCCAGGGGAGGUUUAUCCAAACCAGCUUCCAGGGGAGGUUUAUCCAAACCAGCUUCCAGGGGAGGUUGAUCCAAACCAGCUUCCAGGGGAGGUUGAUCCAAACCAGCUUCCAGGGGAGGUUGAUCCAAACCAGCUUCCAGGGGAGGUUGAUCCAAACCAGCAUCCAGGGGAGGUUGAUCUAGAGGAGGUUGAUCCAGCCGACAGAAGCAGUUCUCCCAUUCCAAGGGAGAAUGGGACAGAUAUUCCCCAGAGCCAUAGCACUUCACCCCAGAACCCAACAACCUUCGAUACUCAGACGCAGCCACCUGGCAUCUCUCCCCCAGCCUGGCUAAAAUCUAGAACAUGCCCUUUGUGCUCAAAAUGUUUUGCUUAUAAAAAGACCAUGAUGCAGCAUCUGAGACGUCAUUCACAGGGUCAGGGACCCUUCAUGUGCACCAUAUGUUCAAAGAGCUUUGGUACCGCCAGCGAUUUGAAGAGACAUCGGGGAAUUAAGAGCGGUUGUGGGCCAAAUCAUCGUAAUCUCGUCGUACCUGAGAAUGUUCCCACAGAACAAAAAACUGUCUUCUCCUGCCCUCAUUGUCAGGGACAGUACACGAAUAAAAAAAAAAUGAAAGCACACAUGGUAUGUCACACAGGAGAUGGGUUCACCUGUAGGUUUUGUGGCAAGAUAUUUGCUGAAGAUAAGAAAUUACGCAAUCAUGUUCGUUCUCAUAUUGACAGACGACAUCUAUGUGACACAUGUGGUAAAGAUUUCACAUCUCUGUCUAACUUGAAAAAACACACACUUGUACACACAGGAGAACAGCCGUACAUUUGCCCAGACUGUGGCAAACGUUUUAGUCUGAAGGGUAACCUGAAAGUCCAUCAACAGAGUCAUACAGGAGAGCGGCCAUUUGCGUGCACAAUGUGUAAAAUACGCUGUUUCACUCAGACUCAUCUAAAACGGCAUAUGUUGAGGCACACAGGAGAGAAGCCUCAUAAGUGUUUGGCUUGUGGGAAGACAUUUCAACGGAAAAACACAUUGAGGAAACAUCAGCAAGAUUCUUGUUCUUAGUUCUUGGCUUUUACACACUGCCUUCUUGAGAUGCAGACUCAGUCAUACUUUUUUUUCGCUCAACAUUGAUAACAUUUAGUUGAUGGCAUUAAUGGCUUGCAAUUGGUUGUAGGUUCUAGUCAACAGACAAGUAGGCAUCCAUCUUUUGCAACUUUAACUUUUUGCCUAUUUGUAAUAUCUAGUGUGUGUGUGAGUGUGUGAGUGUGUGAGUGUGUGAGUGUGUGAGUGUGUGAGUGUGUGUGUGUG